GGUGGGCGGGGCUCUGGGCCGGAGGUUUUGUUGUGAGGGUCGGUUGUCAAGCAGCGGCCAAUCAGGGUAGGGGAUGGAGGCAAGUGGGGGUCGCGCCUGGAGCUGAGCCUCGGCCUCGGGAGCCGCUGCUGCAGCCCAGUGUUGAGCUGAGAUGGCCCAUGCCUGAUAUUCCAUGAUCCGGGAUCCCGACAGAUGUGCACAGGCUGCUGCUGUUGCUGCUGUGGAUGAUUUAAAACCACCAGGCAGUCCAGGGCCAGGAAAGGAGACAUUCCCUCUGCCUGGAUGUGUGUCACCUCUCUGCCAACUUGAGUGGUGGAUCUGGGGGGGAUCCACCCCCACCCCAGAAGAAGGCACAGUUCAUUUUGUGGGUGGGGCUUCAGGUGCCAACCCUGAAGGAUGGCCACCCCUGUGGUCACAAAGACAGCCUGGAAGUUGCAGGAGAUCGUCGCCCAUGCCAGCAAUGUGUCCUCGCUGGUGCUGGGUAAAGCCUCCGGGCGGCUGCUGGCCACAGGCGGGGAUGACUGCCGUGUCAACCUGUGGUCCAUCAACAAACCCAACUGCAUCAUGAGCCUCACGGGUCACACGUCCCCUGUGGAGAGCGUCCGCCUCAACACCCCGGAGGAGCUCAUCGUGGCUGGCUCCCAGUCGGGCUCCAUCCGCGUCUGGGACCUGGAAGCUGCCAAAAUUCUGCGCACACUCAUGGGACACAAAGCCAACAUCUGCAGCCUGGACUUCCACCCCUACGGCGAGUUCGUCGCCUCCGGUUCCCAGGACACGAAUAUCAAGCUCUGGGACAUCAGGAGGAAAGGCUGUGUCUUCCGGUACAGGGGACACAGCCAGGCUGUGCGGUGUCUCCGGUUCAGCCCGGACGGGAAGUGGCUGGCGUCCGCAGCAGACGACCACACAGUGAAGCUCUGGGAUCUGACUGCCGGCAAGAUGAUGUCUGAAUUCCCUGGUCACACGGGGCCUGUCAAUGUGGUAGAGUUUCACCCCAACGAGUACCUCCUGGCCUCUGGCAGCUCUGAUAGGACCAUCCGUUUUUGGGAUCUGGAGAAAUUCCAGGUGGUGAGCUGUAUCGAAGGGGAGCCCGGGCCCGUCAGGAGCGUCCUCUUCAACCCCGACGGCUGCUGCCUGUACAGCGGCUGUCAGGACUCGCUGCGCGUCUAUGGCUGGGAGCCCGAGCGCUGCUUCGACGUGGUCCUUGUCAACUGGGGCAAGGUAGCCGACCUGGCCAUCUGCAAUGACCAGCUGAUAGGCGUGGCCUUCUCCCAGAGCAAUGUCUCCUCCUACGUGGUGGACCUCACACGAGUCACCAGGACUGGCACAGUGGCCCAGGACCCCGUGCAGGACAGCCAGCCCCUGGCACAGCAGCUGCCCAACCCCAGCGUCCCCCUCCGGCGCAUCUAUGAACGGCCCAGCACGACCUGCAGCAAACCUCAGAGGGUGAAGCACAACUCGGAGAGUGAGCGUCGCAGCCCCAGCAGUGAGGACGACCGCGACGAGCGGGAGUCCCGGGCAGAGAUCCAGAACACCGAGGACUACACGGAGAUCUUCCAGCCCAAGAACAGCAUCAGCCGGACACCACCCCAAAGAAGUGAGCCCUUCCCAGCACCCCUGGAGGACGACACAACCACAGCCAAGGAGGUGGCAAAGCCCAGCAUGGCCAUGGAUGUGCAGUUCCCAGCGCCAAAUCCUGAGGCCCCCCCCCAGCCCCCAGUCACCACUUCCACGCCUGCACCCAAGGGUGACCCCGCCAUCAUCCCUGCCACGCGGAACGAGCCCAUCGGGCUGAAGGCCUCUGACUUCCUGCCUGCUGUGAAGAUCCCCCAGCAGGCAGAGCUGGUGGAUGAGGAUGCCAUGUCCCAGAUCCGCAAAGGCCACGACACCAUGUGUGUGGUGCUCACCAGCCGCCACAAGAACCUGGACACCGUGCGGGCUGUCUGGACCACAGGCGACGUCAAGACGUCAGUAGACUCUGCAGUGGCCAUCAGUGACCUGUCGGUGGUGGUGGACCUCCUGAACAUCCUCAACCAGAAAGCCUCCCUCUGGAAGCUGGACCUGUGCACCACGGUGCUGCCACAAGUCGAGAAGCUUCUGCAGAGCAAGUAUGAGAGCUAUGUCCAGACAGGCUGCACCUCCCUGAAGCUGAUCCUGCAGAGGUUUCUGCCCCUGAUCACUGACAUCCUGGCAGCUCCGCCCUCCGUGGGUGUGGACAUCAGCCGUGAGGAGAGACUACACAAGUGCCGGCUGUGCUACAAGCAGCUCAAGAGCAUCAGUGGCCUCGUCAAGAGCAAAUCAGGCCUGAGUGGCCGACACGGCAGUGCCUUCCGCGAGCUGCACCUGCUCAUGGCCAGCCUGGACUGAGGAACCAGUGGGUGGGGCACCGGACAGCCCUCGGGGCCUGGCCUCUGCACCCCUCCCGUUCCGCGAGCCCUCUGGCCAUGAGUCCGCUGGCCCCUGCCCUGCACCGAUCCUGGAGGCGGGGCUGGCCCACUGGCCACCUCCACAGCCCAGAUUCUGAGACAACUUCCUCUCCAGUACCAGCUGCCAGCUUUGCCCAACUCUUGCUUCUUGGGGCAGCAAACAGAGCCCUGGGGCUGCUGCUGUAAUUUAUAAGGCGAAUUUUAUUAAAUUUGUAACUAUU